AUGGCAUCCGAGUCCGACAACGAUAUCGGCACGCUGCCGCACCACGCGCUUCUUAUCAUCAUCUGGGUAUGCUUCGGCGCUGCCUUCCUCCUCGUCGCCGUCCGCACCAUCAUCCGCAUCCGCUCCCCAACGACAAGCCGAUAUGCGCCGCUGGAGGACUGCUGGAUCCUGCUGGCCCUCGCCUCGCUGCUCUCGCUGUGUAUUCUCGAGACGAUCCAGCUGCCCAGUCUCUACUACAUCACGGGCAUCCUGACGGGCACCCUCCCGAUCACCACGGUCGACGCCAUCGUCUCCCAGACCGAACGCUACCUCCGCUUCCAGUUCCCCAUUACCAUCCUCUUCUGGACGGUGCUGUGGUCCGUCAAGGGCGCUUUCCUAGCCCUCUACUGGCGCCUGUUCCGCGACCUCAAGUGGUACCGGCGCGCCUGGUUCGUCCUGGCCGUCUUCACCUUCCUCGCCUACGGCGGCUGCGUCACGACUCUUUCCUUGUCAUGCGGCCCGGACAUUCGUAACUUCUUCGCCUUCAACAAAUGCAACGGGCCCCAGCACGUUUGGUCGAGCAACUUUAGCGUCUACUUCAGCACCGCUGUCGACGUCUUUACCGACCUGUGCAUCAUGGCCAUGCCGCUGCGCCUCAUCUACAACGUCAAGGUCUCGCUGAAGCAAAAGAUUGGCCUGGUCUGUGUUUUUAGUCUGGGCUUUGUCAUGAUUGUUUUUGCAAUCAUCCGCGCAAACCAGACGCUGUCCCAGCAGGGCUUUGUCAACCUCACCAUGAUGAUGGUCUGGUCGACCCUAGCUGCCUCGAUAUCCGUUCUUGUCGGCACAUUACCCGCCCUCAAAGUCCUCAUCACCACGCGCGCCCGCGCCUCCGAAAACCGCUCCGGCAACGGGGGCUCGAGGAACAGCACAAAACGGAAAAGCUCAAGCUUCGGUACGCACACCAAGAGCGUCAAGAGCGUUGCCCUCGGCUCACUGCGUGGGGAUAGCACCAACUUGAAGUCGGGCGCGAACUCGAACGCGAACGAGUCGCAGGAGGAAAUACUGGUCCAGCGGGAUGUGACCGUCUCGUACAGCCAAGUCCCGCGUCCGUCUCCCGUCCGUUAUCACCAGAGAUACCAGGAUCCAUAG